AUGAUCCUCGACUGGUGGCUGUCGCCCGAGCUCCAGCUGCGCCGUCCGGGUGCCUACUACCCCGAGUGGCGUCUGGACCGUCUCCUCAAGCGCAAGGCCGAGGAGGGCGUCCGCAUCUACAUCCAGGUCUACAAAGAGGUGAGCAUUGGCAACGAAGACAUCGCCUCUAUGCCGCUUGCGACGGCCGUCUCCUUCCCUCCGCGGGCAUCGCCACUGACACCCCGUGCACAGGUCACCGCGUCCAUGUCUCUGGGCUCGAAACACACAAAGCACGCCCUCGAGGACCUCCACGAAAACAUCGCGGUCAUGCGUCACCCCGACCACUCUGGAGGCGAGCUCGUGUACUACUUUUCCCACCACGAGAAGCUCUGUGUCGUUGACAACAAGAUGGCCGCCAUGGGUGGUCUCGAUGCCUGCUUCGGUCGCUGGGACACUCGUGACCACCCCCUGGCUGACGUCCACCCGACCGAGUUCCAGAAGGCCCUCUUCCCCGGCCAAGACUACAACAACUCGCGUAUCAUGGACUUCCAGAACGUCGAAAAGUACGCCUCGAACGAGCUGUGCAUCCAGGAGGCGACCCGUAUGCCCUGGCACGACACCUCGCUCACCAUUGUCGGCCCCGUGGUUGUGGACCUUGUUCAGCACUUCUGCGAGCGUUGGAACUUUGUCAAGGACCUCAAGUACAAGCACGACCACCGCAUGGAGUACCUCUCGCUUCCUGACCCGUGGCACGACGUCCACUCGGAGCAGGAGGCCGCCAAGAAGGAGAAGCAGGCUUUGUUCCGCGCCGAGCACCCCCACCUUUCCGAGUGGAAGGACCGCGGUCGCCGUAUGACCCACCCUUACCACUGGCCACCCUCCGAGGAGCCGCGUGCGCAGGAGCCCGUCGCCUGUGGCUCGUGCCGUGUCCAGGUUGUCCGUUCGGCUGCCGACUGGAGCCACGGCUGUCUCACUGAGAACAGUAUCCAGCAGGCAUACAUCGAGCUCAUCCGCGAGGCCAACCACUGCAUCUACAUUGAGAACCAGUUCUCUGACCCCGCAGUCGUCACCACUACCAAGGAGGGUGGUCCUAUCAAGAACCUCAUCGGUGCUGCCCUUGUCGAGCGUGUCCUCUCCGCCGCCAAGGACCGCCGCAAGUUUAAGAUCUACGUCCUCAUCCCCGAGGUUCCUGCCUUCCCCGGCGACAUCCAGGCUAGCUCUGGCCUCAAGGCUAUCAUGGAGGCACAGUACCGCUCCAUCAACCGUGGCGGCAACUCGAUCUUUGACAAGAUUCGCGAGGCCGGCCACGACCCGAACGAGUACAUCUCCUUCUGGAACCUGCGCAGCUACGACCGUAUCAACGCUCCCCAGGGCGCCAUCAAGAAGAUGGAGGCCGCGUCGGGUGUCAGCUUCCACGAGGCCCAGGUUGCGCUUGCGCGUCUCUAUGUCGGCGAGCCUGGCGGCGACAGCGCGGACGAGGACGAGGUCGUCUACAUUGAGAAGCCCCACGACCAGACCACGGCCGGCGACGCUACCAACCAGAAGAAGAAGACUGCCGAAGACUCUGUCAAGCUCCCCAGGACUAUCGGGGAUGCCCAGGAGAUUAUCGACAAGUUUACCCAGGCCGCUGUGCGCGACGACUCUGACAUUCCCGACAACAUUUGCCAGAACGCCAUGGAGAGCGGCCAGUCGAGCGCUGACGCCCCAUGGGCCGGCACCGAAGAGGAGGAGCGUAACUGCAUUGUGACCGAGCUCCUGUACAUCCACAGCAAGCUCAUGAUUGUGGAUGACCGCCGUGUCAUUGUCGGCAGUGCCAACCUGAACGACCGCAGCCAGAACGGCCACCACGACUCUGAGAUUGCCGUCAUCAUUGAGGACACGGAGAUGGUCGAGUCGACCAUGAACGGCCGCAAGUACAUGGCCUCCAAGGUCGCCACCUCGUGGCGCCGCUCCCUCAUGCGCGAGCACCUCGGCCUGAGCAUCCCGCAGGGCCCCAUUGGCCGCAACAACCAGCCCACAAACUGGAUGCGCGCCGCGCCCGUGUUGGCCGAGUACGACUAUGGCUCGCCCGACGACCUGCUCGUCGCCGACCCGCUCACGCAGGACUUUACGCGCCUGUGGAACGAGACGGCGCACACCAACCGCGUCAUCUUUGACCGCAUCUUCCGCACCGUCCCCAACGACACGGUGCGCAACUGGAAGAGCUACCAGGAGUUUAUCGGGCGCAACGCCGGGGUCAAGGUCGGCCACGUCAUGAACAAUGACAUGUCGCUCGCCGAGAUCAAGCGCGAGCUCGCAAAGAUCAAGGGCCACGUCGUGGACAUGCCGAUCAACUUCCUCAUUGACGAAAAGUGGCUCACAGAGGGCGACUUUUUGAGCGUCAACCCCAUCACACUCGCCCUCUACAUCUAG